AUGGUGGGAAGCUGGUUCGUGGAGACGGUAACCUCUCCCCAGACCUCCAGAGGGCCCAGCAGGUCUCCGUCCGACCCCAGCUCUAGCAUGCUCCUCCUGGGCCGCGGCCGGGACACCUUCCCCCUGUCCAGCCCCUCCCUCCGGAUCUCCACCUCCGCCUCCAUCCCCUCCUUGUCCCAACCCCCCUCUCACCAGACCUCCACCCUCUCCACCCCCCGGUGGAGUGACCCCCUCACCCUCGAGAGGGCGGGCAGUUGCUCCCCCCGUACUCCUCGCUCCCUCCACUCCCCCGUUUCUUCUCGCUCCCUCCGCUGUCCCCACUCCCCCCGCUCUUCACCCCGCUCUCCGAGGAGGACUAGAUCCUGUGGGCGAGGUGAGCCCUGUGGGCGAGGUGAGGGCUGUGACUGGAUGAUGAAGCUACUGGCUGGAGGCUCUGGGAGGAUAGGCUCUGUGGCGGAGCUCUGCCAGGGGGCCCUGCUACAUGCUUUAGAGGUGGUGGGGGCAGAACGCUGCUCUCUGUCUCUGCUCAGACAGGACCAGGACGGAUGUAGGGGAUUGGUCCAGGUGGUUGCCCUGACGGGGGGGCCGGGCUGCGUGAAGGAGGAGUCUUCCAGCAACCACGCCCACCUGGAGCUGGUGAAGGGCAUCCUUGGAUAUGUAGUUGCCACGGGGAUGCCCAUGAACAUGACAGGAGAUGUGUAUGAGGACCCCAGGUUCAACACAGACGAGGACCAGACGGCAGGUUUCAAACUCAAGAGUGUCCUGAGUGUCCCUAUGAAGAACAGCAGACAGGAGGUUCUAGGUGCAGCUCUGGUACUGAACAAGAGGAUCAGUGCUGAUGACCAGGGUUCUCUGUUCACAGACCAGGAUGAGAAGGUCCUGGCCUGUCACAUGGGUCUGCUCGGGCUGGUCCUGGACAAUGUUCAGCUCUUUGAGAGAUCCAGACAGGAAGCCAACCGCUGCCAGGUUUUGCUGACCCUGGCCAGGCUGCUGUCAGAGGAACAGAAGUCGAUGGAGAAUCUCCUGGGCAAGAUGGCCGCCACCAUCCUGCCCUUCGCACGUGCUCAGUACUGUACCAUUUUCAUCGCCAGGGACAGACCCAAGAACUCCUUCUCUGGGCUGGUCCAUAUGGAGGGAGAAGAACAAGGAUCAGAGUUCCAGAUCUAUAAAAGAGACUGUACCCUCCCAGACAUAGACCUGACCCACGCCCUGCAGGUGCUGGUCUCCAAGGAGACACUGAACGUGUCCGGCGCCGAUCAGGACCCCCCCACGGGUAGUCUGGUCUGCUGCCCGAUCAGAAAUGGGAAGACCGGGAAAAUCAUCGCCGUCUGCCAGCUGAAGAACAAACUGGGCGUGGCCCCUGGCGAGCCGGAGACGGGCAGGGAGUUUAACCGUUAUGAAGAGCGCCUCCUGGAGGACUUUGCCGUGUACUGCGGCCUGGCCCUGCAGACCGUCCAGACCGUCCAACGCAUAGAGUACCAACGAGCCAGCCAGGAUGUCACCCAGGAGGUUCUUUCCUACCACCUUACUGCAGCUGAAGAGGAAAUCAGAGCGUUGCAGGAAGCUGAUAUCCCCUCUGCCCAAUCACUGCGCAUCCUGGACUUCAGCUUCUCUGAUUUCGGCCUAUCAGAGGAAUCCACGGCUCAGGCCACAGUCAGAAUGUUCCUGGAUCUCAACCUAGUACAGGACUUCAACAUCGACUACAAGUGUCUCUGUCAGUGGGUUCUGAGCGUAAGGCGUGGUUACCGUAGCAACGUGCCCUAUCACAACUGGAGCCACGGCCUCAGCACCGCCCAGUGUAUGUUCGCUAUGAUGACGUCUACAGACCAGUUACAGUCUAAUUUAUCUCGUCUGGAGGUGUUGGCUCUGAUGAUAGCUACUCUGAACCACGACCUGGAUCACAGAGGAGUUAGUAACUCCUACAUUGAGAGGACUCAGCAGCCUCUAGCCCAGCUGUAUGGAACCUCCUCUCUGGAGCAUCAUCACUAUGACAUGUGCCUCUUCAUCCUCAACAACCCGGGCAGUCAGAUCCUCAGUGGUCUGUGUCCUGAUGAUUACCGAACAGUGUUACCCAUGAUAGAGAAAGCCAUCCUGGCUACGGACCUGGCUGUCUAUAUGGAGAGGAGGGCAGAGUUCUUUGAGCUGGGUCAGAAAGGAGUGAGGUGGGAGGAAGACAGGCACAGAGACUUACUAAGGUCGAUGCUAAUGACAGCCAGCGACAUUGCUGCCAUUACAAAGCCUUGGCAUAUUCAGAAGAGGACAGCUAAGCUGGUGGCAUCAGAGUUUUUUGCUCAAGGAGACCGAGAGAAGGAAGAGUUCAACAUCAAACCUGUUGACAUGAUGAACAGAGACAACAGCACUCGUCUUCCUCACAUGCAGGUCAACUACAUCGAUGGGAUGUGCCAUCCCUUAUACCAGACUCUGUCAGGGAUGUUUGACUCCUGUUCUCCUCUGUUGGACGGUCUCAUGAGGAACAGAGAGAACUGGAUGCUCCUCGCCGAGACGGGGGAGGAAGGAGGAGAGGAGGAAUAG